CUCGGUCUUUGGUCUUUUGCCAAAUUCCCACUACCUUGCCCGCACUGCCCGAACCCGAAUCCUUUCCUGCAGCCUACCCUUUCCCCUGCCCCGACACCCCCACCCCUCUUCACACUCUCUCGCUAGUUCCUUCCCUGCUUCUCCCUUCCGCUCGUCCCGAUGCUCGCCUCCUCUUCCGCCGGAGGCCGCGCGGGCGGCUUCCAUUGCCGCGCCGAGAAGCAAUGGGGACGCUGCUGCUGAAGGUCUUCUCUGUCGGUCGGUGCGCGGGGCGGCGGCGGCGGGUGGGUUGGAUAGGAGAUGGGGAAGGAGGGGACGCGGCGGGGCCAGGAUGUGAGGCGGCGGAAGGGGAAGGAGGCGGCAAUGGACGAGGAGGACGCGGCGCCUCCGACUGGUUGCUGGAUCCGGCUACCGCGACUGGGCGGCGGAUGCAUGUCGUCGGGCUCCAAGGUCGACUCCUCCACCAGCGGAGCCUGCGCCAACGCCAGCGGUAUUGAUCUCCUAAUGGAUAAUGUCUACUGUACAGAGAGCAAAAAGGUAAAUCAUAGUUGUCGGGAUCAAUCAGCUGCACCAGCCGCAUCUGGUUCGACAACAUCCAGCAACAUUGGAAGUAUCUCGCCUUCUUCCAUAGUCGGAGAAGAACUUAAACUAGCAGCCCAACUGCGUAGGUUUACGUUCAAUGAACUUAAGUGCGCCACCAGAAACUUUCGACCUGAGAGUCUUCUUGGCGAGGGAGGUUUUGGUUGUGUCUUUAAAGGUUGGAUUGAAGAGAAUGGAACUGCUCCAAUGAAACCUGGCACAGGAUUAACUGUUGCUGUCAAGACACUCAACCAUGAUGGGCUUCAGGGGCAUAAGGAGUGGGUGGCAGAAGUCGAUUUCCUUGGAAACCUUCAACAUCCACACCUAGUGAAAUUGGUUGGUUACUGCAUUGAAGAUGACCAACGGUUGCUAGUAUACGAAUUUAUGCCCCGCGGAAGUUUGGAGAACCAUCUUUUCAGGAGGUCAUUUCCGCUCCCAUGGGCUAUCAGAAUGAAAAUUGCACUUGGUGCUGCAAAAGGCCUUGCAUUUCUUCACGAAGAAGCUGAAAGGCCAGUGAUAUAUCGGGAUUUCAAAACUUCAAAUAUUCUUUUGGAUGCGGAAUACAAUGCAAAACUCUCUGAUUUUGGACUUGCAAAAGAUGGCCCUGAGGGUGAUAAGACACAUGUAUCCACUCGGGUCAUGGGAACAUACGGAUAUGCAGCUCCUGAGUAUGUCAUGACAGGUCACCUGACAUCAAAGAGCGAUGUAUACAGUUUUGGAGUGGUGCUCCUAGAGAUGAUGUCAGGCAGAAGGUCGAUGGACAAGAACAGGCCAAACGGGGAGCACAAUCUGGUUGAAUGGGCACGCCCUUAUCUUGGAGAAAGAAGGCGAUUCUAUAGGCUCGUAGAUCCCCGUCUAGAGGGAAAUUUCUCCAUAAAAGGCGCUCAGAAGACGGCUCAGCUGGCACAUGCUUGCCUUAGCCGGGAUCCUAAGGCUAGGCCUCUCAUGAGCCAAGUGGUUGAAGUCCUGAAGCCUCUUCCAAACCUGAAAGACAUGGCUAGCUCCUCCUACUUCUUCCAGUCCAUGCGUCAAGAACGUGCCGCAAGCCUCAACAACCCAAAUGGUAGCCAGAGCAUGAAGGCACAGAGCACCUUUGCACGGAACGGCGUGCAGCCAAUGAGGAGCCUCUCCUACGGUCCGCACGCUUCUCCAUACCGCCAGUCUCCAAGGCCCAACGGCAAACAGUCCUAAGACUCACCGGUUCACCAUGACUGGUUCAAAGGUUGGGUUUUCGUCCAGCACUGAUGGAUAAAUGGUGCGUGCACUGGCUGUGGCCUCCGUCGCCGUGGAUAGGCAGAUCAGCAGAUGCCAUCAAGGAUGAUUAGAAUUCCGCAGUGAAGAUUUCUUCUCGUUGCUUAGCUUUUAGCUGCUUCUGUAUCUAUUACUCUGGCAACCUUGACUUGGGAGGGGGGAAUCAGACAGGGUUUUGUUUGCCAUUUGAACAAAUGCUCGGACGGAUGCUUAGAAACUCUACUGAUUGGAGAAUCAACCAUCGGCACAGGAAGGAAAGCCCUGGUGCAUGUAUGGCUCUCUGGUCUCUUAUUCAGGGCAGAUUUUUUACUUGUUAAAAGAAAAAUGAAAGACAAACGUCGUCUUCGCCAUCA